GAUAUCGUCGAACUUAGAAAUAAAUGGGCGUAGGGCAUAAAAGUGGCUUUGGCACUAAAUCUGUAUAGUGAGAAUGGCAGCCCUUAUUUCCUUGUCUGCGGCAGGAUUAAUAGAAAAAGACAACAAUGGAGAUGUCCUGUGGACCUGGUCGUAUCCCUCCAUCUCCAGUAACAAGAAGAAGUUGCUGAUGAGGAAGUGUUGCCUUUCCCAAGAUGGGGCCAUCAUUGUUCCCUUUGUGUAUGGUCAGUAUCAAAGGGAGUGGUUUUACAUCAUGACCGUGCCAGUAGAAAAUGUAUCUGCCCUCAAAAAGGUCAAACACUUUUCCUUCAUAUUACUUGCCAAAGAUUUCAAUCCUGAAAAAUACCAAACCUUGAGUGAGAUCCUAUGUAGAGUAUACAAUACAACGGGGAAUGCUGCCACGAUCCUCAAGGGCUACUUGUCCGUCAUCACCAAAGGCACUUGCCCAAGUGAAAACAAUGGAACUUUUGUCGCCCAAGACUUUGAUGCAAAGAAGGCUUACGCAGCAGGAUGCGUAAUCGAUGUUAUCAACUCAUUUGGUCUGGAAAGCAUCCUCAUUUACACAGCUCUACUGUUAAAAAAGAAGAUCGUAGUAUAUCAUUCCAGAAUAGAAGAGGUCAUUAAAUUCAUAAGGGCAUUGCCAUGUUUAGUAUGGCAUCGGCAGAACUGGUCUAUUCUCCAUCCGUACGUACACAUGGAAGAGGAUGAAUUGGAGGAUUUAAGGACGGGGCCUGCCUAUGUUGCCGGCUUUGUAGACGCAGUUGUGGAGAACAACACUGAAUUAUACGACUUAUUUGUGAAUCUAUCAACUGAUGAAAUAACAGUAGCAACUCAUGCCAAAGAUAUGUUCACCAUGAGUAGAAUACACAAAGACAUUGCUCAGCUAAUGGUCAGGUGUGCUGGUGAUGACUCCAUGACAAACCUUCAAGUCAUCAAGGAAAUUUCAAAAAAGACUGGUGAGCUACUCAACAACUUGAAAUCUCUGUCAGAGAAUGAAGACGAUCCUAAAAUCACGCUAGAGAGACUGAAGGAGAGGAAGCUACCCCCGGCGACGGAAGGCUUCCUCUUUGGUAUAGCAGCUGCAGAAGGGCUAGUCCAGAUGUGAUCAGAUCCUGGUCCAAGUUGCAUAGAAUUUGCUGUAAUUGUAACUUUGCCAUCCUCUGGUAACUUCCGUGGAAAUAAUGAACAGCAAUCAGUUGCAUAGAAGUUACUUCAUUUGUAGAUCUUGGUCCUAUUUGACUAUGAUUGUAGAUCCUGGUCUCAGUUGCAAAUAAGUUGAUUUGAUUAUAGAGCCUGGUCCCAGUUGCAAAGAAGUUGAUAUGAUUAUAGAUCCUGGUCCCAGUUGCAAAGAAGUUUUUUAUUGUAGAUCCUGGUCAUAGUUAACUAUGAUUGUAGAUCCCGAUCCUAGUUGCAAAUAAGUUUAUAGGAUUGUAGAUCCUGGUCAUAGUUCCAAUGAUUGCAGAUCCUGGUCCCAGUUGCAUAGAAGUAUAACAAUGGUACAUGUGACUUUGCUACUCAAUGAUUAAACUUUUUUCUUUAUCUUUUUGGGCCACAGAAACAUGUUAUACUUAGACCAAAUUUGACAAUUUUUGCAUUUUUUUUAUCUGGUGAAAUUGCUCCGACCAUUUCCAAACUCCAUGUCAAUUGUAGUAGUCAGGUUCAAGAAAAUGUACUUCCUUUUUUAUGUUAUUACAAGUAUAUUUGAUGGCAAUUUUAUGUGUAACAUACUGAAAUGACAUUUAUUUUUAAGUGAAAAGGACCAGUCGUGAUCUUUGGAUAGAGCGCAUGGAAAGAUUUUUUAUUAAGUAAGAAAAAAAAGAAGAGGAGAGGUGAUCAUACAAAGUUUAUUGAAUGGCAUUGUGAUGUAGGUUAAGGACAACUAUUGCUAAUGGUAAUUCUCCUUUGUCUAAUAUUAAACUUUCAGACAUUCAGACUGCAACAGAUUCAGAAUCGUGCAGCUCGUAUCACUUCAAUGGCCAGAAAAUAUGAUCAUGUGUCUCCUUUGUUCAAAGAACUUUACUGGUUUCCUGUUCGGAAAAAUAACUUCUUAUAAUAUUGCUGUUUGUUUUCAUGUCAGGCCUUUUGUUGUAAGUACAUGCCAGCUACUCUGCUCAUUUAUAUGAAAAACAAACCAAAAUUACAUUUUUCAGGAAAGAUCUAUACGAUUUACAGUAUUCACUAGUCCCUGAUAUAGAGCAAUAUAUUUUCUGAUGUUCAAAAGGAAAGAAUUUUCUGAUGAAAAUAUCCUAGCCCAUAGUUCCCAAGUUACACAUUAUAAAAAAAAUCAUGCACAACUCCAAGAAAGAUACAGAAAACUUUCAUUGGUUGGGAUGAUCACAUAAAAUAAUGUUAAGUUUCGCUUCUAUCACCUUAAUUUCGUUUUGGGGGCAAGCUUCCGUCCACUCCUGUGGAUUUUUUUCAAGCCAAGUGAUCAGUCACACACAAUACUGCCUGGGGUCUGUGACUCUUAAUCACUGGACCAAAGAUGGGUGACAAUAGAUUUCCAGAGUCUCUAUUAAAGGAGAAUGAAACCCUUGAAACCAGCUGAAUCCAUAUCAAAGAUAAAAAUCAAAGAAACAUAUUGUUUAAAGUUUGAGGAAGAUUGAAUGAAUAAUAAGAAAGUUAUGAGCAUUUGAAUAUUGAGAUCACUAAUGACAUGUAGAUCUUCCCAUUGGCAAUGCGACCAAGAUCUGUGAUGUCACACAUACAACUCCCUCAUUACUUUAGUACUUAUUUCACUUAUAUUCUCACUUUUAUAGAGUCUAUCACAAGGUGAGGUGUUCUCUUUAUGAGAGGACAAGUACCGAGGUUUCACAACAUUGUAUCGUUGAUGAAUCGUUUGACAUAUGAUUAAAAUGAGCAAAAAGAGAUGUUUUGGGGUAUAUUUUCAUUGUCCAAAAGGGGAGAGUUGUUCAUCUGUGACAUCAUAGAUCUUGGUCGCAUUGCCAAUGGGAGGAUCUCCAUAGCAUUAGUGAUUUUGACAUUCAUAUGCUCAUAACUCUUCUAUUGCUAGUCCUAUUUUACUCAAACUUUUGUUGACCUUAUUCUUUUAUUUUUCUGCUUUCACAAAAGCUAACUUGCUCCAAGAGUUUCAUUCUCCUUUAAGGACUGGGUUAAUCCUUUUAUCCACACUGAUUCUUUUCCAGAAGUUCCUUUCAAAGUCAAUAAUUAGGGCAUCAUCCCAUCCAAUAUUGUGGCCUGUGUUAAGGGCAUAUUCUCCUACAGCUGAAUGGGAUGGAUUGUUCAAUCUGAGGGCUUUUUGUUCCUUCAGUCGUUCAUUCAGAGUUCUGUGUGUUUCUCCAACCUAACAAUUGGCACAGUCUGUGCAGGUGAUCUUCUUAACACUACCCAACCUUUCUUCUUUUGGAACUUGGCCUUAUGGAUGGACCAUCCUGCUUCUAAAGGUGUUGGGGCUUUUGAAAGCAAUAGUGAUGUCCUUGUUUUGGAAUGCUCUUUUCACACGAGAGGAUAUGCUGUAAAAAACUCCAAGAAAAUCGUAUUUCCAUCUUAGCAUUUUGCUUUUGCUUAUUAGAAUCAGUUAUGUCUGUAAUUUUGUUAGUGAUAAAACUCAAUUGGCCCGUAUUCUGAACUCUGGUUUCAUUCAAACUUUGUUCUAAAGUUAUGGUUUAACUAUGGAGAGCCAACUGUGACAGAAAAUCAUCUCAUCCCAAACUCUGGUCAGUCAUAAAUGUGUAUGAAUAAUAACUGAAUUAGUUUUCUUCCCCAUUGUAGCAUGAUGAAAGUGCAAAGUGAACAUAAGAAAAUACUGUGUUAAAAAUAAUUUGACAUAUUUGGCUUCCCAUAAUUUGAGCAGAGUUAGACCAUGGCCUUUAUUAAACCAGAUUCCAGGAUAAGGGCCAAUGUGAAAUUUGCCCUUGUGUCCUAAAGAGUGGUUGAAUGAACAUGAAGGCUUCUAUUGUACAGAGAAUUUCUGAGCGAGACAAAUUAAUUCAUUAAGAUUUAUUGAGUACCAGACUAUUAGCAAUUUGUUCAAAUCAUACAGGAUUGUAUACAUUCAAAGUGAGAGUUUGGAUUACAGUAAAAAGGGAGAGUCAGGCUUACUCAGGCAAACCUAAAUAUCAACUUAAAACUGGUAAAUAAUGCAUGUUUUGCAUUUAGUCUGAAAAUUCUUUUAGUUCCUUUAAGGCUCUGUCACAUCGUUCCAUGCAAGCCUUUCGUGUGACCGUUAUUGCUACCCACAGGUCGCCGGCAUUGACAGUAUCGCACGUUUCUCACACAGUUACCUGCAGAAGUGCACGCAAGUCUGAUUUGCACGUAGAGAAGUUUUGAAUUUUGUUGCGGGUGAUUGCCCACAACCCGGCCACAAGGCUUGCACAGAACAAUAUGACAGGGAAUUCAAAUUUGAUUUUAUGACUUUAUGCAGACUUGAUAAUCUGUCCCAUAAAAGACAAUAAAAUUGGAAAAGGUGAUAUCUCCUUCAUAGUUUAUAUAAUAGACAUAUUCAUUUAUAGCUAAUACAUGUAGCAAAUAGAUAACUUUAUUUUACUCAAGUACCGAUACAAUAUAUUAAUGAAAGGAACACAAUAUCAUGUAUGUUCUUAAGAAUUCUUAUCUGCCAUUCAUUUGGCACAAUAUUGGUUAUUGAAUUUUGUUUUGAGAUACAUGCUUCGCAAUAAGAUUAAUGACUAUAUCAUGAAUAUUCCAACGUAGAUUAUUUAGUUUUAAAAAAAGAGUGAUAUGUCUGUGUUUUCACAAUGUACAAAAGAAUUUAUAUAUUCUGUAAAUAAAUAUAAAUUUCAUAUGAAUUCCACCAUUCUUAAUAAA